AUGGGAAAGAUAAUUUUCUAUGAAGGCCGCAACUUCCAGGGCCGCCACUGGGAGUGCAGCAGCGACUGCAUGGACACCUACAAGCAUUUCAGCUGCUGCAACUCCAUCCGUGUCAGCGGCGGUCACUGGGUGGCCUACGAGAAGCCCAACUACUCGGGCUACCAGUACAUCAUUGGCCCUGGCGAGUACCCCGACCCCCAAACCUGGAUGGGCUUCAACAACUGUGUGCGCUCCUGCCAGAUGUUCUCCCCCUACAGAGGAUCCUACAAGAUGAAGAUCUACAACCGGCCUGACUUGUUGGGAAACACAAUGGAGUUUGUGGAUGACUGCCCCAAUGUGAGCGAGCGUUUCCACUUCUCUGAUAUUUACUCUUGCAACGUCUUGGAGGGUUUCUGGAUCCUCUACGAGCACCCAAACUACAGGGGACGUCAGUAUAUCCUGCGCCCCGGAGAGUACAGGGCCUGCGGUGAUUGGGGCUGCCAAAACCCCAUGGUGGGCUCAUUCAGGAGGAUGAGGACUCUCACUCUGUAA